GCUGGGCCUUAGCAGCAGCGGUGACCACAGCCCUUUCAGGAGCUGGAGGCUUCGCAGCGGCGCCUGGGGCCGCGCCGGUGCCCUCCGGAGGAGGCUGUCGGCUUAGGGACGACCCCCUCGGCCAUGCUGAGGCGGCGGCGGCCACUGCUCGAGGAUCAAAUAGGGCAUACUGAAUCAGCAGGACUGGCUGGUGGUGCAGCAAGCAUCAUGAGUAAGCACAGGGAAGUCUGUCCCUUAUCACGUGUGUAAGGGGAAAAAGAAAGUUUAAACAAGUCUCUUAAGUGGUGUUUCCUCACCGAUGGAGAAUUACUUCCAAGCAGAAGCUUACAACCUGGACAAGGUAUUAGAUGAAUUUGAACAAAACGAAGAUGAAACAGUUUCUCCUAUUUUAUUGGAUACCAAGUGGAAUAAGAUUCUAGAUUCCCCUUCUCACCGACUAUCAUUUAACCCUGCAUUGGCCAGUGUGAAUGAACCUGCAGUUUCUAAUGAGUCACAGCCACAAUUGAAAGUCUUCUCUCUGGCUCAUUCAGCUUCUUUGACCACAGAGGGAGAGGACCAUUGUGCAAAUGGACAGGAGUAUCCUCUGAAUCCAGAGAUUAACACAAUGUGGAUUGAUGAAAAUGCCGUUGCAGAAGAUCAGUUAAUUAAAAGGAACUGUAAUCGAGAUGAUCAACGCAGUGCUGUCGAAGUGGGAGAAAAAAAAUGUGGAAAUCUAGCUUGUCUGCCAGAUGAGAAGAAUGUUCUUGUUGUAGCCGUCAUGCAUAAUUGUGAUAAGAGGACAUUACAGAGUGAUUUGCAGGAUUGUAAUAAUUACAAUAGUCAGUCCCUCAUGGAUGCUUUUAGCUGUUCACUGGAUGACGAAAGCAGACAAACUGAUCAAUUUAGUUUUAGUAUAAAUGGGUCCACUGGAAAAGAUAUGAAUUCAGAGAAACAAAUGGAUCUGUUGAAUAGACCAAGUGCAGUGGGGGAUUCUGUUAAACAUAUGUGUACUACUUCAUCUGAUAAUCUAGCCAGUGUCUGUUCCUCCUCACAGUUAAAGGAUGAUGAAAAUAUAGGUAGAGAUCCCUCCAUGUCUGUGAUUACAAGUUUAACAAUUGAUUCAGUAAUCUCAUCCCAGGGAACAGAUGAAGAAGGUUCUGCUGCUAAAAAGCAAGAGAACUGUAUACCAGAUGAGGUUCUCACUUGCAAAACCAGCUCUGCUAGGACAGAUCUAGGGAGUCCAAACUCCUUUUCCCAUCUGAGUGAGGGGAUUUUGAUGACAAAAGAGCCAGCAGAGGAGAGAACAACCGAAGAAUCCAUCCGACCUGGUUUACCUUUGCUUCUCAAAACAGACAUGCCUAAUGGGUCUGGAAGGGAUGAUAACUGUGAACAGUUUUCAGAUUGCCUUGUGUCCAGUGAAGUUAGAGCUGAUGAAAAGGAAGGUUGUGAACAUGAAGAAAUACUUGACACUACAGAACUUCUUAAUAUGACAGAGCAUUUCUCUGAUUCUCAGGAGAUGACUAAUUGGAAAUUGACUAAGCUAAAUGAUAUGAAUGACAGCCAAAUAAAUAAAGAAAAUGAGAAGUUUCUGCAGAUGAAUCAGCCUGAGGACAUUUACAGUGAUAAUGGAGGAGAGUGUGAUAGAAUGGCUGAAGCAGGUCUAGAUUUAAAAGGAACUUGCAUGAAUGAAAGUGAAGGAUGUGAUUUCUCCAGUAUGGAUACACCAGCAGCAAAUUCUGUAUCUAAUUGUGAUUCCUAUGGAAUGCAGAGCCCAGUUGUUUGUUUUGUUCCAAAGACUUUACCCUCCAAAGAAGAUUCAGUAACAGAAGAAAAGGAAAUAGAAGAGAGCAAAUCAGAAUGCUACUCAAAUAUUUAUGAACAGAGAGGAAAUGAAGCCACAGAAGGGAGUGGUCUACAUUUAAACAGCACUGGUGACCUAAUGAAGAAAAAUUAUUUACACAGUUUCUGUAGCCAAGUUCCAUCAGUGCUUGGGCAAUCUUCACCUAAGAUAGUAGCAAACCUGCAGUCUAUCAGUGUUCCUUUUGGUGGUGCAAGACCCAAGCAACCUUCUAAUCUUAAACUUCAAAUUCCAAAGCCAUUGUCUGACCACUUACAAAAUGACCUUCCUACAAAUAGUGGAAAUAAUAUUAAAAACAAAAAUGAUGUUCUUGGAAAAGCAAAAUUAGGGGAAAAUUCAACAACCAAUGUAUGCAAUUCCUCUUUAGGAAACAUCACUAUUGCUGAUACAAAUGGGGAACAUUUAGAAAGCUACGAGUCUGGGAUAUCCAGUAGACCGUGCCUUGCAUUAGCUCCAGAAAGCCCAGAUAAUGAUCUCAGAGCUGGUCAGUUUGGAAUUUCUGCCAGGAAGCCAUUUACUACUCUGGGUGAGGUGGCUCCCGUGUGGGUACCAGAUUCUCAGGCUCCAAAUUGCAUGAAAUGUGAAGCCAGGUUCACAUUCACCAAAAGGAGGCAUCAUUGCAGAGCAUGUGGGAAGGUAAGUUGUAUGUGUUUCAGGUCACAAAUGUGGCAUGCCUAUUUUAUUAAGCUCAAUUCUCCUUUUCUCUGUCUCUCCACUGCUGUAAAAGGAGACUAUGCUGUGGAAGAGAAACCAUCACAGAUUUCAGUAAUGCAGCAAUUAGAGGAUGGUGGCCCUGACCCACUUGUAUUUGUUUUAAAUGCAAAUUUGUUGUCAAUGGUUAAAAUUGUAAAUUAUGUGAACAGGAAGUGCUGGUGUUUCACAACCAAGGGAAUGCAUGCAGUGGGUCAGUCUGAGAUAGUCAUUCUUCUACAGUGUCUACCAGAUGAGAAGUGUUUGCCGAAGGAUAUCUUCAAUCAUUUUGUGCAGCUUUAUCGGGAUGCUCUGGCAGGAAAUGUUGUGGGCAACUUGGGACAUUCCUUCUUCAGUCAGAGUUUCCUUGGCAGUAAAGAACAUGGUGGAUUCUUAUAUGUGACAUCUACCUACCAGUCACUGCAAGACCUGGUACUCCCAACCCCACCUUACUUGUUUGGGAUUCUCAUCCAGAAAUGGGAAACUCCUUGGGCUAAAGUGUUUCCCAUCCGACUAAUGUUGAGACUUGGAGCUGAAUAUCGGCUUUAUCCAUGCCCACUGUUCAGUGUCAGAUUUCGGAAGCCAUUGUUUGGAGAGACGGGACAUACCAUCAUGAAUCUUCUUGCAGACUUCAGAAAUUACCAGUAUACAUUGCCAGUAGUUCAAGGUCUGGUGGUUGAUAUGGAAGUUCGGAAAACCAGUAUCAAAAUUCCCAGCAACAGAUACAAUGAGAUGAUGAAAGCCAUGAACAAGUCCAAUGAACAUGUCCUGGCAGGAGGUGCCUGCUUCAAUGAGAAGGCAGACUCUCAUCUGGUGUGUGUACAGAAUGAUGAUGGAAACUAUCAGACCCAGGCUAUCAGUAUUCACAAUCAGCCCAGAAAGGUGACUGGUGCCAGUUUCUUUGUGUUCAGUGGUGCUCUGAAAUCUUCUUCCGGAUAUCUUGCCAAGUCCAGUAUUGUGGAAGAUGGCGUUAUGGUCCAGAUCACAGCAGAGAACAUGGAUGCUUUGAGGCAGGCACUGCGAGAGAUGAAGGACUUCACCAUCACCUGUGGCAAGGCAGAUGCCGAGGACCCCCAGGAGCACAUCUACAUCCAGUGGGUGGAUGAUGACAAGAACGUCAACAAAGGUGUUAUAAGUCCUAUAGAUGGGAAGUCCAUGGAGUCUAUAACAAGUGUGAAAAUAUUCCAUGGAUCGGAGUAUAAAGCAAAUGGAAAAGUCAUCAGAUGGACAGAGGUGUUUUUCCUAGAAAACGAUGACCAGCACAGUUGCCUGAGUGAUCCUGCAGAUCAUAGCCGAUUGACUGAGCACGUUGCCAAGGCUUUUUGCCUUGCUCUCUGUCCCCACUUGAAGCUUCUGAAGGAAGAUGGAAUGACUAAACUAGGCCUACGUGUGACACUUGACUCAGAUCAGGUUGGCUAUCAAGCAGGGAGCAAUGGCCAGCCCCUUCCCUCACAGUACAUGAAUGAUCUGGACAGCGCUUUGGUGCCGGUGAUCCAUGGAGGGGCCUGCCAGCUCAGUGAGGGCCCCAUUGUCAUGGAACUCAUCUUUUAUAUUCUGGAAAACAUCGCAUAGACAGAGGACUUCAUUGUUUGUCUGUUGAGACCUGUUACAACAGCAGUCAUACCCAAAUCAUUUGCACUUUAGAACUGGAAGAUUAAGCUUUUGUUAACACUAUUAAAU